ACCGUGGUACACAGCCUUGUGUCCCAGACCAUCUGGUCACCAUGCAAGUUGACCCUAGGCGUACGAUGCGCCAGGACACAUUUGACCUGCGCGACCAAAUCGCUCAUGAUGAAGACGGGCGCGGCAACGUUCACUUGGAAGCGGCCAACUACACCAGUACGGACGAGGAGGAACAUUCGGUACUGGAAAGCGAUUCGGAAGGCGAGGAGAAUGAGGAAGAGUUCAUCGACGACGACGGUUCAUCUUCCCUGUCGAUUCCCAAUGAGUCCAUCGACUUCGACCUUGUCUACUCUCUGCACAGCUUCGCUGCCACCGUCGAAGGACAAGCGAACGUGGUCAAAGGCGAUAGCUUGUUCCUCAUGGAUGACAGUAACAGCUACUGGUGGCUCGUCCGUGUCCUGAAAACCCAGGAGGUCGGUUAUAUUCCUGCAGAGAACAUUGAGACCCCAUUCGAGCGUCUUGCUCGUUUGAACAAGCAUCGAAAUGUUGACUUGGCUUCGGCAACGCAAGCAGAGCUUCAGUCUGAUCUCAGUCGAAUCCGCUCGGUGCUAGCCCCACAAGGUAGUCAGCCGAGUCCGGCCUCACCAACAAAUGCACCAAAUGCUCCUCGCACGGGCAACACCGUUCGAAACCCUCUCAACAAGCGACGGACUCUGUGUUUUUCUGCUGAACUAGAUGUGCACAGAUAUCCGCCUGCCGUUUGGAAUGAAGAAGAAUGGCUAAUCGAACGCGAAGAACGGCGUGCCGCUGCCGGGGCUGACUACGAUGGUUCUGACUACGGCGAAGAUGAUGAUGGGGAUGGCGAAUGGGACGUUGGAAACUACGAGUCCGAGGAUAGAGAACUUGCGGAGGAGGAGGUCGUCAUGCGAAGGAUAUCUGAAGCCUCUUUGGCGCAGGAUAUGGACGUGGGUGGACCUCCAAGAGAGCCUGUUCCUAAACUGGUACCUCCUUCUGAACCGGAUGACGGCAUGAGCUGGGAGAGCGGUGGGGUUUCCAUGCAGCAGGGGGAAGAGGCACUGUCGGCUCAAGAAUCUCAGUUGCGUAAAACUGGGUCAAUGGAGAGGAUUACUUCGGACCUUGCCGAGAUCACGGAAACGCGGAAGGUCACAGUCACACCCUCCAUUGCGCGUGAACCCGUCUCACCGGUGGACAAUGAGCAAGAGUUGGAAUCGCGCAAGCGACAGCGGGAUGAAGAUGAAGAGGUGGCACGGAAGCGCGUGGCCGCUAAGCCGGAGGUGAAAUCCAAUGCGACACCGAUGGGCGCACCCGUCAGCUCGACAUCAACCCAAGCCAAAGCUGCGAGUCCCGUCAGCGGCGGCAAACUCCGAAAACUUCAGGAACCCCUCGACGACGACAAGGAUGGGAAGAAGAAAAAAGGUGGUGUUUUCGGCAGCUUGUUCCGCAAGAGCAGUAAAGAGAAGGAGAAGGGCAAGACACCUUCGAUUGGGUCGGAGAAUGAUCUCAACAUUCGUGCAUCAGAAGAUUCCGGCAGACGACCCUCGAGCAGCAAUGCGGGGGAUGGGCUCAUGUCUCCUACCACGGCUGUGGCUAUGCAGCAGCAGCAGCAGCAACAGGCUACGAGCCUCCGCAACUCGACGGAUCCCAAACGAAUCCAGCAGAUGAUUCAGCAGCAGCAACCGCAGGGCUCACCGCAGGCUGCGUCGGCGGCAUCGCAACUCCGACAGCGAGAUCAGCAGCAGCAAGCUCUGUAUCAGCAGUACCUCAAUCGAUCACCGUCUUCUCCGCCGGAACAGCCGUCGUAUGGCCUACAGUCUGCUUCCGCCUACAUGGGCUCCAGUAGUAUGAGCGUUGCGCCCAGCUCAUUCAGCAGCCCGUCUUCUGGUCGGCAGCGCCCCGGGUCACUUAUUCUCACGCCCUCUGACGGCGUCGGUGUCCCUGAGCUUAGCGUGAUUCGGGUCUUUGCAGGCCAUGGCCUGCAGACGGAUGCGACAUUCAAGACCGUACUGCUCAACACCUCGACGACCUCUGCCGACCUCGUCAGACAAGCCGUUCAACGAUUCCGGUUGGAGGACUUGGACAUGAGCGAUUACUUCCUCACGGUCAAGCAGAUGGAGGGGUCCAGCGCCGUUCUCAGGGACGAGGAGCACCCGUUGGUCGUUUUUGAAGGUUUGGUAGAGAGCGCACCACGCGUCAAGCGAAGCAGUGUGGGCAGUGUCAGCUCGGUCGCCAGCAAUCUUUCCAUGCAUCCGGCCAUCAAGAAGUUGGACAUGAACGAUUUCACCGACGAUUCAGUGGUCAAAUUCUACCUUAACAGAAGAAAUGCCGGCGACACAACCGUAGACAGCAUCGAUGCUGCCGACGACACGUUGGUCGCUGAGACCGUGGACGGAGACGAUUCUCAAAGAUAUCUCACCGUCUCGACCACUGCAGGCACAAAUGUCCAGCCGGAACGCUUCACUUCCCCUUCGAUCAGGUUUGCUUUGCAACUCGUCAUCUUUCCUGAAGACCUCCCCGAUGACAUGCUCUUUGAUCCGUUGACUGAGGCGAUCGUUUUCAAACACACGCUACGCGAUCGAGGUCGUCCGUCAAUCAACUCUCCUGGCGUAUCCCAGUCUUUGCGCCGGAAGGUUUUCGUAUUUCCAAAAAACGUGACUGUGGCCGAAGUUAUUGAGAUGGGCUUAGAACGAUUUGGGAUUGAGGAAGGAGUGGUUGAUGGUGGUGAUGAGAUCGAGGAUAAGCUUUCCAAACGACGAAGUGCUAUCCGUGUUCGAUAUGGGCUUGCUGUGGAUUUAGGUAACGGAAAAGAGCGAGAACUGUCUCCUUCUAGUCGUGUGAUCGAUGCAUUCUCAAGGCCACCAUCCUUUCGCUCCCCCCAGACGCAAUUUCAGAACAAGCGGCGCUCAGUCGACUCGGCACAGAUGCUAGGGACUGUGGAGGAUGUUGGUGCCGACGAUCCAAUAUUCAUUCUCAGACGAGCAACUGCAUAUCGGAGUUCGGCUGCAUCUCGGCAUCGCGUUUCAGGUGGACUGGACGAAAUUGCCUUGCAAAAGUUGCACAGAGACUCAGUUGAUGGCAAUACGAUUUCUGGAAGCUCUGCAAAGGAUAUAAUCGCAGCGCAGCGGGCAGCGAUGAAGGCCACUCAGGACCGGAUUCUGUCUGCAUCGACGAGCGAGCGAUCAGAGACAAGUCGGAGACAGCCCUCUGUGACUUCCUUGGUGUUGGAUGAUGUAUCUGGACAUGUCUCACCUGCGAAACUGACCCAGAAACGUGUGGCCAUUCCUCACGACGAUUUCGGGGUGUCUCAUAUGAUGGCUAUCAUCUCGCUGCGCGGGUCGGUCAGCAGAAAGCCUCUUGCUCCCCUGGAUACCGUCGAUGAGCUGUUAUUUGGUCGUCCAAUGGAUGUGACAUCGCUCCAUCCCAAGAUUCGGUCCAUCUAUGCUGACGCUGCCAAGGAUUUGGAUGAUAUUGACAAGCUGCUGGAUCGAUAUAUAUAUAAUUAGGAAUGGCUCGUUAUUAUUGUCCUUGCGAUCUAUCUACUUUUUAGCCAUCAACGUCUUUCUGUAGGCCUCCUCGAGUUCGGCUUGGACGUUGGGUAAUGCUGGCAUGUGUGUCUUGUAUUCCAUACUGAAUUCACCUGCCCGGAGAGUGAGACCGCCAUAAGAGAAUCGCGAUGAUAUAAGCAGUACCUUUGCCUUGGGUGGAUCCUCGCAAUUGAUUGGAGUAUCCAAACAUGUCGUUCAGAGCAACAUCGGCAACGGCCGUGAACUCGUCGUCGCGGACUUCACUGUCGAUGAUGGUCCCUCUCCUUGUGUUUAGACCCCCAAUGACAUUGCCUGUAGGUGCCAAUAAUUGGUCCUGGAGGGACAAAAUACUUCAGAGCACUGACUUUGGAACUCUCCGGGCGCCACAACCUCUACUUUCAUGAUGGGUUCCAGUAGAGUGGCCUGAGCAGAUUUGAAGGCUUCGCGGAAAGCGCCAAUUGUCGCGUUGCGGAAAGCAAGCUCGGACGAAUCGACAGCGUGGAAGCCUCCAUCUUGCAGAACAAAGCGUACUCCAGUUAUGGGGUUUCCUGUCAGAGUCCCCUUUUCCAGAGCCUCGUAGAAACCCUGUGCUCCAAUAUAAAUAUGUUGUGAGCGGCAAGAGAAAAACGACGCACCCGCUCAAUGGCCGGAAUAAAGUUGGACGGAAUUGUGCCUCCCAUGAUCACAUUUUCAAAACCAACGUCCUUACCAGUUUCGGGGUCCAUCUCCAUAGGCUCAAUAUAUCCAGCGACCUUUGCGUAUUGUCCAGCACCGCCGGUUUGCUUUUUGUGCACAUAAGUGAAUGGGGAUUUCUUCAUGAUUGUCUCCCGAAAUGCGACACGGGGUUUGCCGGUGAUGCAAUCGACGUUGUACUCUCGUCGCAUCCGUUCGACGUAGAUUUCCAGAUGCAAUUCUCCCAUUCCCGAAAUGAUGGUCUG